AUGCACCCAUGGCAAUGUCUUUGCAAUGGGCAUCAACACUUUCCAAAGCUCUUGGAAAAGAGCUGGACCUCAGUGACACUCCUCUUGACUACCGUACAUGUGAGUCUCUGCAGUUGGUCUUGGAUUACAAAGAGGAGCUUACACAUCUUAAUCUCAGCUAUUGUCAGAUCACAGAUGGGUGCUUGGAUCUUUUACUCCCUCACCUUCACAAAAUUAUGAUUUUAGAUCUAACUGGAAAUGACAUUACUGACAAAGGUGUGCUGAGACUGCACCAAGCCUUAGAAGAAAACAGUUUCACAAAGACCAUAUGCCUAUGUGACAAUCAAAUAACAGAGAUGGGCCUCCUGGUGAAAGAAGCACGCUUUGAAACCCAACAGACUGAUACAAGAAGAUGCGUCCAACCCCAGAAAUACAUUGCAAAAGAUUUAAGAUCAAAAAACGAGAUGGAAAAAUCAAUCAAUACUUUUGUUAAGACAGAAGAUCCCAUAAAGAAGUUUGAGCCUGAACUAGCAGUAAAUAAUGGCAGGAUUUCCUAUAGGUUUCAGUGGAAAACAGAAGGCCUUUUCAUGUGCAGCGCAACUGGGCUAGUGUUUGGAUUGAAAGGAAAUGGAUGUAUAGAGUACAGUGUGGCUCACUGGAAGAUGCAUCACCUCAUCAACACUCACUAUGAGCCUGCUGGACCUCUGUUUGAUAUCAAAACCCCUACAGGAGAAAUCUAUGAGCUUCAUCUUCCACACUGUGAGACAAACGUUGAUGCAAUUGGAAAUCUUUCUGUUGUCCAUAUACAUGAGGACACUCGGGAAUUCCUCUCUCCAAUUAAAAUUUCAAGAACACAUAUAGCUGUAAAUGUCUGUAGGUUAUCUGAGCUUGGGAUUGCGCAUGAGAAUAAUAAAAAUAACAAAACCAUCAAUGGCCAGGUGCUGCUGUUCCAGGAACCUGAUACAUCAUCGACACAGCAAAGGCUAUGGGUUUUUCUAUUGCCAAGUAAUGUUCCGGUCUCUGAGAUUAAAGAACAGCAAAAAGAGUAUAUGUUCAUCCAAACCAGCUCUGACUGCAAACUACAGAUAAAUGCAAAGUAUGCUCUGAUCUCAAAAAAAGCCAAAAGAGUCCAACCGAAGAAAAAAUUAUUUGAACCCUCGCACGCUGGUAAUCACCAUCCUACAUUCGAGAUCUUCUUAGAUAAAGAUGUGACUGAAUUGCGAAUUAAAAUUCAGCGUAAAAUAAAGGAAAGUGAUAUGAUUAAUUUCAAAACUGCAUGGAAUCGUUGGAUAGUUCUCAAGAAAAACACAGAUAAUCAUGCACAAAUGAGAUCUGAAGAACAUUCUAACAUUCAAGUGAGCUGUAAUACCUGGAUAUCUGCUCUUGGUAAUAUCAUGGAAGAGCUUACAAGUGUGGAGUUCAAGAAACUGAAGCAUUUAAUGAAGCACACUGGGAAAAGAGAUCCCAUUCGUUCAGUGAAACUUGAAGAAGCAAAAGGCAGGUGUGAGUUGGCUACUUUGGUUGUUAAGACAUGGGGAUUUGAAGAAUCAGUGAAAGCCAUAGAUGAGUUCAUGAAGAAGCUGCCUCGCAAUGAUGAAUCUGUGACAGACAAACUAAAGCCAUAUGCGACACAGUUUGGCCUUAUCGGUUAGAGCAUAUCACAGACUUUUCAAUCAUAUUGUAGACAGAUCUCAGCAAAAAAGCACUUUUUAUUAACACUCAACAACAGACUGCCUUUAAUGACUGUUGUUUGGUUGUAUUUCAAAUGUAAAUUUUCAGUAUAGCCUACCUGUAUAUGUGGUUUUGUAAUUGAUUUUAUAAAUUGAUUGUAAAGAUGUUCAGGUUGAUUAUAUGUUCAUAUACUGUAUUUAUUUAGCUGAUGCUUUAAUCCAGAGUGAAUCAAAAAAUUAAGCAGGCAGUACCAUGAGAAGUGCUGCAAUUAAGUGAACUGUAAUUAUGACAAAGAGUUGUUCUCAAUUGUUCUCAACUUCUUUUUUAUUGUCCAAACAGACUGUGUGUGCAUGUGUAUGUGUGUGUGUGUGUUGGUGGAGCGGAUGUUUGACAUGAAUUUC